UAGCAUCCCUAAACUUAACCUCAUUGUGUUAUUGUUGAGAUUUGAGGUUAUUUUGUGUUUAUAAUUCUUCUAAAAUCUUCGACUAACAUAAAUAAUACUCUCAAUACAGAAAAAUGGGAAAACAAAAGAAAACUAGAAAAAUUGUUGAAAGGAAAUUUGCUAAAAUGAAGAAAAUGAUAAGUCUUAGUGAUAACAGAAUCAAACCUACUGAUAGAGUUGAACCCAAGAAGAAAAAGAUAGAUCCACACGAGCUAAAAAUCCGUGAAGCGCCACAAACAAGUUCUGCUUUAUUCUUUCAAUAUAACACGCAGCUUGGUCCGCCUUACCACGUUCUGAUCGAUACUAAUUUCAUAAACUUCUCUAUUAAAAAUAAAUUAGAUAUAGUACAGAGUAUGAUGGACUGUCUGUAUGCUAAAUGCAUACCAUAUAUAACAGAUUGUGUAUUAGCAGAGUUGGAGAAACUUGGCCGAAAAUACCGCGUAGCGUUAAGGAUAAUUAAAGACCCACGGUUCGAAAGAAUCACUUGUUUACAUAAAGGAACAUAUGCUGAUGAUUGUAUUGUGCAAAGGGUAACUCAACACAAGUGUUACAUUGUAGCAACAAAUGACAAAGAUUUGAAACGUAGAAUAAGAAAAAUACCAGGUGUACCUAUUAUGUAUGUUGCUGAACACAAAUAUACGAUUGAGAGGAUGCCAGAUGCAUACGGAGCACCAAAAGGGGCUAUUUAGUAUAAGUUAAAAUAAAUGUAAUUUAAGGAA